AUGCCCUGGCGGCCGCUGCCUCGCAUUGCCUUUGCGGUGGCCAUCUACCCGUUCCACCCCUCCUCUCCGGCGGACCUCCCCCUCGAACUCGGCGAUGAAUUGUACAUAAUUGAACAAGGUGGCUUGAACGGUGAAUGGUGCCGUGGAUAUCUUGUUGCGCCGCCGUCGUUGCUGGCGGGAUUGACCAGUACCAAGGGCCAGACUCUCGAGGCCCGCGUUUUCUCCGGCAUCUUUCCGCGGAACUGCAUCGAGAUCCGCGAAGUGCUGGGUGACGGCGAGGGAUAUAAAGCGCUACUUAAUGGCGACGGUGAUCGGAAGAGCAUCGAUCGCGUGCCCUUGUCCGGGCCAGAAGCAGAGCUACUGUCGCGGAGCAGUGUGGCCUACUCUAUCACCGACUCCCAGACCGGCGGUGAGGUGUCGGAUGUAGUGGUCGCAAAGAAGGGCAAGCCCGCGCAGAUUGUCAUUCACAAAAUAGACGAGUCCGGCCUGUCCAGUCCAAGAUCUGUUCAUACCUACCGAACCGGUUCGAUCCCGCACACGCCUGUGACUUUUGCUCCCCGGGACCCCGAUGCGCCCAAGCCUGCUGCCCCUGUGCCUAUGCUUAAGAUUGGCGACGAGACACCCACGUCCCUCACAGAGCCACUGGUCGACGAAAUCGCUUCAUGCCUGCGCGAAUGGCACUCAACGAAUUUACAUGAAUUGCUGCUGGCACGUCAGUAUGAUGUGUUGGAGGAAAUGUCAACAAUCGUGCAAGAGUUGGACUUUGCCAGGCGCCAAUUGCUCCACAAUGUGUUGACUGGCAAGGAGAAGGACGCGCUUCGAGAUGAGACAGUUUGGAAGCUUGUCAAAGCCAACAGAAUGUUGAGCGGAGAUAUUAUUGUGCGCGAUCCUGAGCAGAGAGGCCGAUUGUUGACCGGUGACGACUCGGCUAUUCAGCUAGCGAAGCUUCAGUCCGAAAUGAGCAUGCUGGAUAGUAGCCCCGUCGCCCACUCUGAUACAACUGCCUUGAACCACCUGUUAUUGGAAAUCAAUGCAGUAUCCGGAAAUGCACCCGGGCCUGUAUCUCUCGGAAUCCAGCUGUACUCCCGAUCUGACAGUGGAGCAUUCAACCCAUUGUCUGAAACCUACAGCCUGGACAUUCCAUCUCCUGAUAAGUUUGUCAGCCUGACGCAGAGCAACAGACUGAAGACGCUCUUCACUGAACUCGCAGCUACUGAUAUUGGUGAUGGCUCUCCGAACGGUCGUCAGCUUUAUGUUGUUGCUUCCGUGCGUGCCGCAGAAUCCCGUUCCACCGUUGACAACACGCCUGUUUCCCGAUCAUCGAUGUCACGAGAAAAUCCCUCUGCCCCCAAGACAGCCGCUGCUGGCGGGAUUCAACCUUCAGUCAAGGGCAGCUUGAGAACACGACGCAGCAUGAUGUGGGCACCCAAAGCUCGGGGCUCACCAACUCUGGAUCAAACGCCCCGGCCUGCUGCCCAGGGAGUCCCACGGUCAUCGAGUAGCUCAUCCCACCUACAGAAACCCGUGACUCCCCAGCCUGCCCCAGCAAAGGAGAGCUCGGCCAUCCGGACCAUUGGUAUAGGCAUCCUGGAAGUCUCUCCAAUCCUCCGACAAGAUCGGGAUACGGAAUCCAUCAUCAACAUCUGGUCUCCUCCUCGCGAGGGUGAGGAAGGUGAAGGGCACCCUGACGGAUUUGAAAAGUUGCUUCACAUCCUGCUCCCGAGCCCAACUGGACGCUAUGUGCGUGCUGAUACUGCCCGUCUACAUCUUCAUCUGCACCCAUUUACUAGCUUCGACCCGGAGUCUCUUGUGCGCCAGAAUCCCACAAUUCUUCAAGAUGUUGUUCAGACCCGCCGCAUCGGUUUCUCUAAGGCGCCAGCGAAGCCACGAUCGGAUAUCUACAUUACAAUCUCGCAAGCUGUAUUUCCCACGGAUGCUCUUCUCUCUCAUCCGACCGCUGGCCAGAUUCCUCUGCAACCAACUACCGGCCUUCGCAAUCUUCAGCUUACCUUAGAGGUUCGGGAUGCGUCUGGUGCUCGGGUAGAUAAAUGUGUCUUCCCCUCGUCUGCCAAUACUUCACACACUGCCUGGAGAACUACAAUUGCCCAACGUGGCACGCCAUGGUAUCAGACCAUUCGUCUGAAUAUUCCGACUGAGAAGAUUCCCGGCUCACAUAUGAUCAUGAGCGUCGCUGAUGCACCGGAAUUUCCCUUUGCCCUGGCCUGGAUGCCUCUUUGGGACCAGCAAGCUUUCAUCCGAGAUGGCCAACACUCUUUGCUGCUCCACGCCUAUGACAAGCAGACCUCCAGCAUGGAGAACGGGAAGGGUGCCUACCUGAACCUACCCUGGAGUGCACUUGGCAAGAAUGAGUCGGCCAAGGAUGAAGCGGUGACGGGACCUCUGGCAACCUUGCGCCUCGAGACCCACCUGUGCAGCACAGAGUAUUCGCAAGAUCAGGUCAUCUUGAGUCUGUUGAACUGGAAAGAGCGACCCGUCGACGAGGUGUUCGAUACCCUCAAGCGCUUGCCUUUCGUACCUGAGAUCGAGAUCGUGAAGCAGCUUCGCGGGGUCUUCGAUGCUCUCUUCGGAAUUCUUGUCGAGAACGCCGGUAAUGAGGAAUACGAGGACCUUAUUUUCAAUAACCUGGUUACUGUGCUCGGUAUUGUUCACGACCGACGGUUCAACCUGGGUCCUUUGGUUGACCAUUACGCCGACGAGCAAUUCAACUUCCCCUUCGUCACACCAUGCCUUAUCCGCAGCUACCUACGGCUUCUCAACGCUGCUACUGAUGUCCACCAGUCUCGCCAUCUCCGCGCGGCGUUCAAGGUUGGAAGACACCUGCUCAAGUUCAUCAUCAAUGCCCGUGAGCAACAAAAAGCAAAGGAGGAAGGCAUCGGAAUUACCUCUGUCCAGUCGACCUUCAACCGGGACUUGCACACCAUUUUCAAGUCCAUGGAAAGCCUUAUGAAGAACCCCUCCCCAUCUUUGGUUGGAAGCAAGACCCUGAUUGUGCAGCACUUCCAUUCGUGGUUGCCUGAGCUUUCCAAGGUCCUUGGCCGCGAUGAAAUGAUUAUGAUCGCUUUGAGUUUCAUGGAUUCCUGCAAGGAUGUGACUGGCAUGUUGGUUCUCUACAAGCUGAUCCUCAUUCAGAGCUACACCCAAUUUGAGAUCUUCGUUUCAGGCGAGGAGAGGCAGACUCUUAUCUCCAGCUGCGUCGGCUGGCUGGCACCAUACUGGGGCUCUACCGCCAAUGUUUCAGAUCAGUAUCGUGACCAGGUUCGCCUGAGCAGUGCAAUUGUGGCUCAAUUGUUAACCCAGCCGGAUGCCCAACUGUACGACUUCAUGCCAAGCAUUGUUGCCUCUUACUGCGCUAUUGCGACUGAGGGGGUGGACGACACGGAAUAUUUGUCCAUCCUCUUCAGCAAGACUUUUCCCUUCCAAGUCAAGCUAUCCAAUACUCCCCAGAGGUUUGAUGAGGCAUUGGUUGAGCUGUCUGCCAUAAUGGCUGCUCUGUCCAAGAUUGUGUCUCCCAAGACUCCUAAGCUCAAGGAGCUGGAGCUUGCGACCUUCGUUGCCCAAGCACUUGAGGCCCACAACUCGAUUCUUGAUUGCGAGGCCUAUCCUGAGAGCUGGUUUAGUUUCCAUGUGUAUAACCAUCGUGCAACAAUCAAGAGUCUGGAACACCUUGCCCUGCUCCUGAUCGAUAAGCUCCUACCUGAUGCCGAUGACGCCGAUGACUUCGAUACAAAGCUCUGGGAGUCGUUCUUCAUGACGCUACUUAAGGUCAUAUCCAGCGAUACGCUUGCUUUGGAAACCUUCCCUGAACAGAAACGCCGUGCGGUCUGGAAGAUUGCCGGUGAUGUUCGUGAACAGGGUGCUGAUCUGUUACACUCUACAUGGGAGGCAAUUGGAUGGGAUACUACUGACGAGGAGAGAGAACGGUUUGGUCUGAAGAAGCUGGGUGGUUAUCAGGUUCAGUAUGUUCCGAACCUGGUGCCUCCUAUCAUUGGACUCUGUCUGAGCGUCCAUGAGGGUCUUCGCCAUGCCGCUGUUCACAUUCUCCGGACAAUGAUCCUCAGCGAGUGGGACUUGAAUCAGGACAUCUCCAUCAUCGAGACCGAAAUCAUCUCCAGCCUAGACUCUCUCUUCAAGGUCAAGCAUAUGAGUGAGAGUGUUAGUCAGAAGAUCUUCAUUGGCGAGCUGCUGGACCUAUUUGAGGGUGAUGUGGCAUCUGAAGAGGAUCUGUUCAAUGCUGUCAAGGGGCUCAUCGCCACCGUUGAUGAACUUCUUGACCUUCUGGUGGCCUCUCAGAGUAGCACCUCGACCCAGAGCUUGCAUGCGUUGAAGCUUAUGGAGUACAUGAAGGAUAUGGGCCGCGAGGAUAUCUUCAUCCGCUAUGUCCACGAACUAGCCGAUCACCAGGCUGCCUGCGACAAUUUUACUGAAGCUGGCCUUGCACUCCAGUUCCACGCCGAUCUUUACGAAUGGGAUGUCAACAAACUUCUCCCAGAGCUGAUGACUCCAGCCUUCCCAGCACAGACGGCGUUCGAGCGAAAAGAGUCUUUAUAUUUCUCGAUCAUCCAGCAUUUCGAGAACGCCAUGGCCUGGGCCCCUGCUCUGGCCUGCUACAAGGAGCUUGCUGCACACUACGAGAGCACGACAAUGGACUUCGCGAAGCUUUCCCGGGCGCAGAGCUCUAUGGCUCGUAUCUACGAAUCUGUUGCCAAGGGCGGCAAACAGUUCCCCCGGUACUUCCGCGUUGUUUAUAAGGGUCUUGGAUUCCCACCCAGUCUGCGCGAUAAGGAGUUCAUCUUCGAAGGACCCCCCACAGAGCGCAUAGCAUCUUUCGUGGAUCGUAUGCAGCGGGAGCACCCGACUGCUCAGAUUAUGUCCUCGGGUGAAAUUCCCGACUACGAGGGCCAGUUUCUUCAGAUUAGCAGCGUCACAGCUCACCGUGACACUUCUCAUCCUGUUUAUCAACGGUCCAAGGUUCCUGGCUCUGUGCGUGAGCACUUGCUCAUCUCGGAUCCUUCCCGUUUCUCGGCCACGUCUCGGAGACACACUAGCAGCUCAGACGUACGUGAGCAGUAUGUGGAGAAACUUAUUUUCACCACUGGGGAGCCUUUCCCCAACAUCCUUCGCCGCAGCGAAGUUAUUUCCGUUCAGGAGAUUGCCUUGUCUCCCCUGCAGACCGCCGUUGAACGGACAUGGCGCAAGACGCAGGAACUGCAAAUCCUCGAGCACCGCGCUGCAUCGGGCGAGGAUAACGGCUUGUCGAACCUGACCGAGGCACUAGAGCAGCUGCUCGAGAUGCGGUCGUCCUCCUCCAAUUGCGUUGCACUCUACCGCGGGUUCCUGAGUGGUGCCCAAGGAACGAAGGAAGAAAAGUACGAGGAGACGGCGGAGGGUGAAGACGCUGAUGCUGAGGUGAAUGAUGAGCCAGAGACCAUGGACCCGAUGGAAAAUGCUCUUGCAGUUGCUCUCAUCGACCAUGCCCUGGCAAUCAAGCACGCGCUGUCGCUUUACCAACGACCUGCUCAACAAGCAACCCAGGCCGAGCUCCUUCGCCGCUUCGAGGCGGUCUUUGAUCCUGAGCUCGCCUCCCUCUCGACCUCCCCGCCCGAGUAUUCAUCACCAACACCCACCCAGCCCGCUCGCCAGUCUUCAUCAUUGGAGACGCGUCGCAACCCGGCCGCGCAGCGAUCCCUCAGCCCGGAACAAGAACUCAUCCGGGCCUCCCGGGGUAAUGCACACACCCGUAAGCGGUCGGAACGGCAGUCGGUUAGCCAUCGCAUCAGCAUCAUCAACCCCUUCAAGCGGUCGCAUGGUACCUCGAACUCAAUUUUCACUAUUCAGCAGUCUGACAGCAAGGGCCUGAAUGGUGCAGGUGACCUAGAAGAAGGUGCCGAGGACGACACCGCCACCAUCCACAGCCGAGCCACUAGCCAGUCCCGGGGUGGGAAGAGCGACAAGCGUCGCAGCUGGUUCGGCGGAGAGAAGAUCAAGCAUGGCUCCUCUCCAUCCGUCGCAGCUGCUGGCGAUGAUGCCUACGGCACAUCCCUGAAGAAGCGCCCCUCGCGGAGUGCAUCCCGCGACACUGCCGCCCAGUCUCAGGACGGUCGCAGUCGCGCGGGCUCGCAACACCGAGGCCCUGCCGCGAGCGCUGCGCUCGGCUCACCCUCCGGGCGGCCGGCCCCUGCCUCCAGCGGAGGUUGGUCUACUCUCCCACCCACGCGCGAUUAUCCGCAUCCAGUUACCAGGGAUAGUGCCCACCCCGGCCGCGACAUUCCAGGCAGCUUGAACGGUACCUCUAUGGCAUCAGUGUCAGUAUCUGACCACCCGGCCCACAGCUCCAACAGCGGGGUGCGCGACUCGGUUUUCCGACGCUUCAGUCUGCUGAAGGGGGUUGGCCGCAAAAGCAGUCGGAUGGACUUUAAAGCCAACGACACGCUUCCUGAGGAGUGA